UAGCGCACCCGAGCGUUCUCAAACAAACAUUGCAGGACUCUGGUUUUGCUUUAUGGGGGUAAUUUAAGUAAUGUCGAUUUUUACUUUUGUGCAUUGCAAAGUAAAAUUCAUUUGCUAACGCGGGUAAUUGAAGAAACCCAGAAUAGUACAUGUAAUACCUGUGUAUAUGCCGGAGUGUAAUAAGUUUUGAAGCUUCUUUCCGCAUACAUGCCGUGCUAGGUACCCGACAGAAUCAAUUAAUGACUAAUAUUGCUUCUAGGGAUAUUAUUUAAUUUUGCAACUAUGAAUUUAAAGUAUAUUAUGGAGCCUUUACAUAGUCUUUUCAGCGAAAACGGCACUAAAAGGUUAAAGUAUUUCUUUGGGUGCAUGGGAGAUCAAAUCUCUAUGUCAGGGUUACUUCAGUGAGGUGUAAAUCUUGUAGUCAUAUUGGUAUCUGCAAAUUAACGUGAAUCUUUCAUAUAAACCAAGUAUCGCAUAAUUUCGACGUCUGAAAAUACAACUUGCAUUACACCACCCUUUCCUGUUCGUGAGCUGGACUGAAACUAAACUUCCUUAAAGGGCGUAUAUUCUAGCUAUUCGUAGAUUGGUUCGUGAGUCUACUCUGGAGACAAACAUUAGUAAAUGGCUUUGCCAUUCAUCACGCCACCUGGCGACUUCUCAUUGUCAUCUUGCUCCUGAGACUCCCACGGGUCACAAACAGCAGGAUACCCGACGAGACUCGAUUCGUGCUGUAACUCUUGAACUCUAUUGGAUGAUUGCGGUGUCGUGCAAUACGCCGUCGGCCGAUGUCUUAGUGGUGGUUGGUUUACAAUUUUACCAGUCAAAUUGUCAUUGGUCAAUGACAUUGUCAAUCAAUACGCCGUGUACUGUAGCCGAAUGCGCUUUACUCUGCGAACUUGGGAUUUACUUCGCCGAAAAUUGAGUCCUGCAGUGAGGGCAGCAAGGCCUGCUCCUGCAGUGUGGAGCCGGGCUGCUGGAGGUUGACGAUGUGUUUGGGUGGGUCUCCAUGGAGCCAGCCAACUCGCAGGCAUUCCUAGAGUGAUCGGCAUCUGAACAGCAGUAGAGAUGGACCUAGUCUUUGGGUCAGUGAGGCCGUAUGGGUCCGCUCGGAGCAUCGUCAGAAGAAUCGGAACACGCCUUCCUCUGGCCCCGUGCCCCCGAGUCCGAUUUCAGCUGCAGCCUUUCAUCGAAGGUGCCCGGGCCCUGGGCAGCUCACGUCGGCGCAGUGAGCUCAUCGCUUCUCUGGCCGACGUUGCCUGGAUAGACGGAGAGGACGAUUCCUCGACGGGCCUCAGGCCCGGAUCUCGCCCGGGAUUCAUAGUUUGCUCCCACCAGCGGCAGCCCCGAAGGAGGUCCUCCAGGAAACGGAGGUCGCUGCAUGUGGAGGAGACGGACCGCAGGGAGCCGUUGCCUGGCAGCAGGGAGACCAUCCAGAAGAUCAGCGCCCUGGAGAGUGAGCUGGCCAAACUCAGGGAACAGAUCGCUCAGAUCGUUCUCGCCCAGGACCACAGCGCCCAGGCUGUACCAACACCCACCGGACCUGGACCUGGACCUGUCCCUCCACCUCCACCUCCACCACCACCUCCCCCACCUCUGCCCAACCCGCAGCCAAGCUCCUCAGCCAUUGACCUCAUCAGAGAGCGCCGUGGUAAGAUGGCGGCUGUGGGGCCACAGCCGGAGCCCCGGGGGCCUCCAGAGAUGCCCAGCAUGCUGGAAGUACUGAAGGACAUGGGGAAGGUGAAGCUGCGUGCAGUGAGGCGCCCAGAGGGGGGCGACACCAAGCCCAGUGACCCCAGCGAUCCCGCUGCUCUCAUUGCGGAUGCCCUUAGGCGCAAAUUUGCAUAUCGCUAUGGGAACGAGAGCCGGGCCGAGGGGGACAGCCAGCCUGUGGGCCACGACGCUAACACUGACCGUGGUGAAACCCCCACGUUCGGACAGCACAUGCUCAAGUCGACUCCCCAGAGGAAGCUCCUAUAGGCCAGAUGAGACGGGACUCCGCCUCCACUCGCGAUGCCCCCGGAUGAACGUGUGACCUGCCAAACCAAGGAGCCUCCGCAACAUUGACCUUUCGGUGGUUUGAUGACACUUUAAGGCCACUUCUUUUUGCCCUUCAAUUGCUCCCCUUUAAUCCCUCCCACUCCUUCUGUAACAGCUGAGAUUGGGAGCGUUUCCCCUGAGCCCCUACAGCCAUGAGCUCACGCCAAAGAACAAACAGGUGGAUAAUCUGCUCAGUCUUACCCAAACACUCAGCUGGAUGGUUUAAUGUGACCAUUUUCUCUAAAGCGCCCUCUGGUGGAAAUGCUGGGAAAUGGUGGAAUGCUAGAGGAAAUGCUGGGGAGUGUCAUCCGUUACCAUAGGACAGUGGGAUAUAUAUGCAAAAUAUUGUUUGAAUAGUUAUUAUACUUGACUAUUUAUUAUUAGCUGCUCACGGAUACGUGUUACUUAUGUGCCGUUUUGAUUUUAGUUUUUAGCCUGAUGGAAUCUGAAUGUCUACUUGUAUUGAAGACGAAUAGCUGAGAUCCUAUUGGCGAGUGGGACGUAGCGUCAGGUCAUCUGUAUGAGAAGGUGCCGUGUUUGGUGACAGGGAAUGACGUGACCCCGUGACCCUCUCCCUGCAUUUCAUUCACUACUUUGAGCUGCUAUCUUUAGGUGGUAUGAAGCCCAAACAUCAUUUGAAUCCUAAAGAACCUAUUUCAGUUCUUUUUUUUUUUGUAAGUUUGAAACUUAUCCUUGUGUUUAGUAAUUUUCCCAGGGAUUAGUUUGAGGUUCGUUUGAACUGGUUCUUCACUACUGGUACAGAUAUCACAAGUCACGCAGUGGCCCAGUUUGAUUCAAAUGUCUUGGGGGGGGAAAAAAACUGGAUAAUCGCACACAUCGUGUUUAGUGAAGUUGUAUAUUACGGUAAUGUCUUUUGGUUUAAGUAUUUAACUUCAGAAUUACUGUAUAAAACAAGCAAUUUCUCCUGUUACUGACACACAGUGCUGCAGUCAUACAAAGUGGUACAGAGGUAUCGGCAAAAGCUGUGGACCCUUUUGACUUCAUGUGUGUGUGAGAUUUUAUAAUGAUAUUCAUCGGGGCAGGUGUUCGCACCACAUUAACUUUGGAAUUAGUUUAAUUUGUUUUAUUAAUCAAAAUGGAACUGCAACAGGCAUGUAUCAAAAGGUCAAUACAGUAAAGUUUUUCAAAACGG